AGCUAUGAUGAACCUUUGCAUACGAAACUGGACUGGGAGGGGUUGAUUCUAGAAGCGAGUUUCCAUUGGCUGCAUGCUUUUGCCGUGGUGCAGGGGUAUCUCUAAUCAUAUUCAGCAUGUUUUGCACAAGAAAUGUCAGCCAGAAAGGAAUAUCUGCUCUCUUCGCCAAAUUAUUCCACAACAAUGUCAUGCUCGGAGAGUCCAGCCGCGAACUCUUUUCUUGUAGACUCUUUGAUCAGCGGAGGCAGAGGAGAUUCUGGGGGCUAUUACCAGAGCAGUGGGGUCUACCUGCCACAAGCAUCCGAUGUGUCUUAUGGACUGCAAAGCUGUGGACUUUUUCCAGUUUUGAGCAAAAGAAAUGAAAGUAUACCCUCAAGUAACACUACCCCCACAUCUCAGAGCUAUGCUCCAGGAAUGGAGGUCUGGCAAGAUAAUCCAAGGUCCUGCCGAGUGGAACAGUCUGAAAGUCAAGCAGCCACCUCUUGCUCCUUCACACAGAACAUUAAGGAAGAAAACUCCUAUUGCCUUUAUGAUUCAGACAAAUGCACUAAGAGUUCAUCUGCAACUGACCUGUCCACCUUCCCUAGGGUAAAUUCUGGAUCUAGCCCUGUCCAUACUGUCAGCUCUGUUCCAGUUCCAGGUUAUUUUCGCUUAUCCCAAGCAUAUGGCACCUCUAAAGGGUAUGGCUCUGGGCAGAUUGCUGCUCCCCAGUUUACACAACAGCUCCAAGUUCGUUUUGAUUCUCCUCAGUCUUUGCCUUCUGUGUCUGCAAACGCUCCAAGAAAAGACAACGUAGACUCUUCCCCAAAUAAGUUACCCAGUGGCUCCCGCCACAGAGAAGAUGAGGCUCACACGUCUUCUUCUGGAGCUGAGGAAUCUUCCCCUGCUCCUUCUGACAGCAGCAAGCAUUCUCCAGAGAAAGAUACCGUAGGAAACGGGAAAAGUGAAAAUGCUGCAAAUUGGUUGACUGCUAAGAGUGGAAGGAAAAAACGUUGCCCUUACACCAAGCACCAGACUCUGGAGCUUGAAAAGGAAUUUCUGUUCAACAUGUACCUGACUCGAGAGCGGCGCCUAGAGAUCAGUCGCAGUGUGCACCUCUCAGACAGACAAGUGAAAAUCUGGUUUCAGAACCGCAGAAUGAAACUUAAGAAGAUGAACCGAGAAAACCGGAUCAGGGAGCUCACAGCCAACUUUAACUUCUCCUGAUGACCCUGCAAUUAUUUUUUUGUCAUGUAUCAAAGAGCCAGUAACUUUUCGCAUUCUCUUUACCUGUACGGAUUUUGCAUUAUCAAUAUGCCCACUAUAUCACCCCGAUUUCUUAAUCUGGGUUUUAAAGCCAUAGUUGCACACCUCUUGUUUCAGAGUUUUUUUUUCUUCAUGCUUUUAUUAAUUAUUUUCCUAGACAAAGAUAAUUUAAUGAAAUGCAGUCGCAGUGCGUAAUUUUCAUAGAAAGACCAUAUAUAUAUAUUUUUUUUUUUAACUCUGGACGGCUUCUUUUUUACAUUGCUGUUUUGUAUUAUUUUAUUUUGGAAGCAAAUUAAAUGAUUUUUUUAAUUUGAAAUAAUUAAGAAUGGACACGCUCUAGAAAACUACAGUUUAACGUUUUAUUUGGGUCGAAUUAAAUGGUCUUAAUUUGUCCUGAAAAAAAACAACUGUUUUCAAAUAAGGAUAAACAUAUCGCUAUAUGGACUAUAUAUAUUUAUCUCAUUUCUGUACUUUACUGGGAUUAGAUAAUUCCUUGAUGCAGUCAUGUGUAUGUGUAUUUGAUUUUAUAAUGUUACCCUUGGUAACUUUCGAAAAGCACACGGCAGAGAAUAAUUUUGUUUACUUUUGCUGUUUAAAUACAUUGAUUUUUUUAAUAAUAAUUUCAAAUUGCAAAAGCCUGGGAUAUAUAAGAAGCAUUGAAAAGGGAGGAGUCUGCAUUCCCAAAUACUGUGAAUUUACGUGUUUUAAGUUUCAAGACUAUACGUAGAAGGAAAAAAAUGAACUUUAUAGAUACAGAUGUGUGUAAAUGUUUAUUAUGAAAAAAUACCAAUGAUCUUUAAGUAAAUGCAUUUUAAGUUUAAUAUUAUUGUUAGUUUUAGCUGCAUUGACAUUACUCCAGAUAAACUGAUAUGGCCAUGAUGCUGCUGUGCUUAACCAGACCAAGUUUAUGUUCUCAAAGAAGAAUGAAAUAAAGUGUAAUGAAUCCUUCCUAUUUCA